UUCUGGCGUUGGCAAGUUCCUCAGCGAGUGAGAUCUUGUCUUUGGCUUGUUAUGAGGAAUGGAUUGCUCACUAAUAGUGAACGUUAUUGGUGUCAUCUUUAUGAAAUAGAUCUGUGUAACAUGUGCACUGGUGGGGAGGACACCAAUUUACAUGUCCUUCGCAAGUUUGGAUUGUCUUGAUUCCUCUUUAAAUAGAGAUCUUUUCUUCGAUACACCAUUACAAAGGCGGAGUUGUGGGCUGUCUUUCAUGGCAUCAUAUUUGCUCAGUCUUUAGGGUUAGAUUCUGUUCUCGUAGAGUGUGAUAAUAUUACCAUGUUAGCUAUGAUCCAUGGAUCUUGCCAACCUUUGGAGUGUUGUCGAUCCUUAGUACAAGCUAUUUGUGAUUUAAUGCAAUUAAAUUGAGAGGCCUGUGUGACUCAUAUUUUUUGAGAGGCAAAUGCUUCGACAAAUUGAUUGCUUCAACAAGGAGGGAAACAAUUUGCAGUCAUUCGCUUCAUUGCAUUUCUGAGGCUCAAACGACCGCAGAUAAGAAGAGACGGGCAGGCCCAUUACGAUAGCUUCGGUUCGGGUUAGGCCCAGACCACUGCACGGCCACGCCACUGUUACUUCUGAAAACACCAUCAAAAAAAAUUGUGAAGCACAGGAGAAAUUGUGGAUCGUUUACCAAAAUCUACAUAAAAGUCCUUUCUCAGAUCAUCUACAUUUGAUCCCCAAUUGGCACCUUGAAUUGAAGUUGAAGUAAAACCAAGUAUAAUCAAACCAAGUAUAAUCACAUCAUCUACAAAAGCUAAAGCGGAGAGAUCCAAAUUUACGAAAAAUGGAGGCUCCGCAAGGAGGAGACAAAUCGAACCACCAGUCCUCUUCUCCCAUUCCCGUCGUAUCCAAUUUCUGGAAAGAAUUUGAAUUGGAGAAGGAGAAAACUGUGUUGGAUGAACAAGGACUUAGGAUAGCUGAAAAUCAAGAGAACAGUCUGAAAAACCGACGAAAGCUUGCAGAGAGCACUAGAGAUUUCAAAAAGGCUUCACCAGAGGAAAAGUUAGGUUUGUUUAAUUCUUUACUUAAGGGCUACCAAGAAGAAGUUGAUAAUCUUACCAAGAGAGCAAAAUUUGGAGAAAAUGCUUUUCUGAAUAUAUAUCAGAAGCUAUAUGAGGCUCCAGAUCCUUAUCCAGCUCUUGCAUCAAUAGCUGAGCAAGAUCUGGCAUUGUCUGAGCUGGAAUCUGAGAAUCGGAAGAUGAAAAUUGAGCUUGAAGAGUUUAGGACAGAAGCAACUCGCUUAAAGAAUCAGCAGGCAACAAUAAGAAGACUUGAAGAACGUAAUCGUCAAUUAGAGCAACAGAUGGAGGAAAAAGUGAAGGAAAUUGUGGAGAUGAAACAACGUAGUUUGGCUGAAGAGAACCAGAAAACACUAGAAGUUUUAAAAGAAAGGGAGCAGUCUUUGCAAGAUCAAUUACGACAAGCUAAAGAAAGUGUUGCCAAUAUGCAGAAAUUGCAUGAACUUGCACAAAGCCAAUUGUUUGAAGUCCGUGCUCAAUCAGAGGAAGAAAGGGCCGCAAAACAGUCAGAGGUCAAUCUUUUGAUGGAUGAAGUGGAAAGGGCUCAAACGCGACUUCUUAGCCUUGAGAGAGAAAAGGGUCUCCUCCGUUCUCAGUUGCAAUCAGCAAAUGAAGAGACAGGAAGUAAGAAUAGUGACAGUGUGGAUUCAAAUAGUUUUCUUGAGAAUUCUUUGAGUGCGAAAGAGAAGAUUAUAUCUGAACUGAACAUGGAACUCCACAAUAUUGAAACCACCUUGACAAAUGAGCGAGAACAGCACAUGAAUGAGUUCAAAAAGUUGAACAUGGCACUCAAUGAGAAGGAACUUGCUCUUGAGGAGAUGAAGAAAGAGCUUCAUGCAAGGCCAACUGCAAAAUUAGUUGAUGAUUUGCGUAAAAAAGUGAAAAUUCUGCAGGCUGUGGGCUACAAUUCAACUGAGGCUGAAGAUUGGGAAGUAGCUACUACUGGGGAAGAGAUGAGCAAACUGGAGUCUCUUCUUCUGGAUAAGAAUCGGAAAAUGGAGCAUGAACUCACACAAUCAAAGGUUAAACUAUCUGAGAAAGUGUCUUUGCUGGAAACAGCCGAAGGCAAGAUAGCAGAGCUUACUGCAAAAGUUAAGGAACAACAAAAGUUAAUACAAAAGUUGGAAGAUGAUAUAUUGAAGGGUUAUAGUUCUAAAGAUCGAAAAGGUGGUCAAUUUGAUGAUUGGGAUCUUUCAGAGGCCUGGGGUGCUGAGUCAUCUGAGAGUGCAGACCAGAAACAUGUAUCUUCAGAACAAGACCAGAACUCAAUGCUCAAGGUUAUCUGCAAUCAACGAGAUCGAUUCAGGACGCGUUUGCGAGAGACAGAAGAAGAGGUGAGGCAAUUGAAGGAGAAAAUAGGGGUUUUAACAGCAGAGCUGGAAAAGACAAAAGCUGAUAAUGUCAAACUAUAUGGCAAGAUACGUUAUGUCCAGGAUUACAAUCUUGAGAAAGUAGUUUCUAGGGGAUCAAAGAAGCAUGCAGAGGAUCUGGAAAGUGGCUUUACCUCAGAUGUUGAGUCCAAGUACAAGAAGAUAUACGAAGAUGAUAUAAAUCCAUUUGCUGCAUUUUCUAAGAAGGAAAGGGAUCAAAGAUACAAGGAGUUGGGUUUCAGAGACAGAAUUACUUUAAGUAGUGGACGUUUCCUUCUGGGCAACAAGUAUGCUCGAACUUUUGCAUUUUUCUACACCAUCGGGUUACAUAUCCUGGUGUUCACCUGUCUCUACAGGAUGUCAGCUUUAAGCUAUCUGAGUAAUGGCGGGGAAUCCUUUACCGGAGAUAAAAUGCAGAACCUCCCACAUGCACUUUAGUUUUACAUUGGUGCUAAUUUUUUAUCUCGUAAAAUGAAAAUGAUUUAGAGUGGAAAAAGCGAAUUCAUAUAGCCGACCCUAAAUUUUUGGGAUAAAAGUUUAGUUUGAAUUGAAAAUGAAAAUGGUGUCAAAAUUAUGAAUAAAAAAGGUGUACAAAGUGCAUGCAACAUUUUAAUUUUACUACUAGCGCUGCGAAGUUUGAAGGUGCAAUGAAAAUGGCAGCAUUCUAUUUCUUAUUUGCA